UGGGCGCCUAAAAUCGAACUUGCAGACCGUCCUCAUUGACCCCAAUACUAAGUCUAGGUGGUGUAAGAUGGAUUCAUUUCUACAGUUUCAAGAAUACCAAGUGAUACCUACCGGACGGCAUCGAAGAGAAGGAAAAGGCCGCCGACAGGAAGCCCUCGCUAUGUCUGUUUCAUAGCGUACUACAUCUUCUAAGCCAGUACACUCUGUCUAUUACCGAGCAUGUCUCGCUUUCCAAUAGACCAAGACGACGUCUGACUCUAGGCUGUAAAGCCGUGGGCGUGUUCAACUCUUCUCACUCCGAGGAAGGUUUGCCUGACAAGCCAUGACCCGCAUCCCACUUGAUCAUCCUUGGUCUCUCCAGGACGGUGAUCCGGACGCGCCGCGGUGGAACCUCUUUGGAGCGCGGACUAGUUGCCUCUCUUACCACCAGUGCUCAUCAGAGUGAUUUUCUGCUUCUGCUUCUUCUUCUUCUUGCCCCCGCUGUUGCCUCCCGAAGCUCCCUCUGGCGUUGCGGGCUCCACACCCAAUGCCUCCAUCUGAACGGCCAACUCUGCUGCUCCAAGUGAGUCAAGGAAUUGGUCGUUCCUGAGCCAUCCGUCAUCCACAUCUACUGGGUCCGUCGGGCCUGAUGUGGGGGAUGGUGGAAUGGCCGGGGUGCCCCAUAUUGUCCUCUGCGUCGAGGGACUGGUGGACAUUGAUGCCAGCGGGGUGAAGCCAGGUCGAGGAUUUGGAGGAGUCGUGCUUGCUGCGCCAAGUGGUUGAAAAUCGUCCAUGUUCAGGCGGUCAGAGUUGCCCUCAUCGCUAUACCGCAUGGUGAAACUCUCGUCCGCAGCGCUUAGGAUGGUCCUCCCCGGCCCACGACGAUAUGCAGCAGAUUCCAGGCGUUCUGCUUGUUGACGUUCACGCUCUUCCUGUGCAUCCUUGUCACGAUUACGUUUCCGCCGUCGCUCAAUCUCGUCCUUGAAGGUAUCCAGAACCUCAUUCGGGACGAUAUCUGUCCAAUCGCACUCCAGGAAGGAAAUGAGACAUCCUCUGGGGAUGUGCCCAAGAUACUUUGCUCGCUUCCGUAGUGCGUCGUCAAGCGUGUUUCCCGUCGAAAUGUGCUCCACUCUUGGCAAGAGUGUUGACGGAAACUGUGAGAAGGAGCCGUACUUUGUCUUGAGGAUCCGGAUAUCCAAGGGCGAGAGGUAAAGGUGUGGGGGUGAGGUGUAAAAGUAGAACUCGUGCUCAGACUCUGCACGCUUGCCAGAGCUCGAAUCCUUGGACGCUUCCGCCAAGGCGACCUCAACUUCUCCCAGGUCUUUGACUCUGUCCUUGGAAGCCUCGAUCGCCUUGACAGCCCGCUGCGUCCACUCCCCGUCCUCGUUGAAAAGCAGCUCGUCCUCUUUCUCUUGUUUGGUCAAUUGCUCAAUCUCGUUAUUAUACUGCUCCGUCAUGUAAUCGGAUGUGCCCCGCAUGAUGCGGGCAUAAUCCAGGACAUUGGCUGCAAAGUGCCAGGGGAUCUCAUCCCCGGAACUCAGAACCUCUGCUCCGCCUUCCUUGGGUAAUGCGAGUGUCGACUUGUCGUAGCGCAUCAUGAGACGAAGAACGACAUCGUCGCCAGGCCGCGGUAGUGGGCUCUCCUGGCCGGCGUAGAAGCGCACCGGUCGCACUUCAGACACUUGUACGCUGUCAUCGCAGAUUGGACACUUCUUCCAUCUAGAUUUCUUCUCAUGCGCGCUGGCUUCCUCGCUCGAGGUCGAGUGCAUGUACCGAAUCAGACACGGCAGGCAGAAAAUAUGGCCGCAUGUUGCCAUCCGAGGUGCGACAGGCUCGGACAGGCAGAUUGGACAGGACGCGGCCUGCGACUCGGCAGAAGCCAACACCUGGAGCACAUCUGCCCAGUCUAGAUGCUCGUCCGCAUCGACAGCCUGCUUCGAGUAAUUGCCCUUGGGCGACACAAUGAAACGGUAGUUGGCAUGUACAUAGCGGGCCUUAUCGGCGGUGUGGUAACCUGAUCCCGGGCCCCAGGUGGGAUUGCGGCGGUAGUUUCGGUUGUAGGGGGUGUGGUGGUUCUCGAAACGGGGCCGCGGCGAGGAGUAAUUCAGCAAAUGAGUGAUGGAGGUCUGGCCACGGCGGCUGGAGGCGUUACGGAUGGCCCUUAUCUCGUCCAUCUCGUCCUCGUCGUCCCUGUAUGAGCCAGCUCUUUUCUGGGUUCGGUGUUGCUUGCGUUGGCCCUGUCCCUUCCUGGGCGCGGCGAUUGCAAUGGACUGGCUGCUCUGGAAGGGACGACGGUUGGAGUCGAAACUCGAGGAUGCAGCCGGGGAGAAGGGAGGGGCGGCGUGGGCGGCGGAUGGUUGAGUCGAUGAGGACUUGCCGCCGAUGUUGGAUGAAUUCGACAUGUUCCGGACAAGAACACGACCCAAGUCUUGAAGACGAAACGGAGAGAUCAAGCCAAUCGCUCAAGAAACAGCUGCCUCGGCCGGCGUGGUGAUGACCGUGGGUGCAACUGCUGGCGGUUGGUUGAUUGAUUUGAUCCGAGGGUGCGGACGAGACGGCGAGGGGUGGGGUGACGUAGAACGCGCAGCUUUUGAUGCAGUCAGGUUGGUCGUGGGGAUUGCAGAACCAUCCUAUCGGCAGGGCCCAGCAAUGAGACUCUCGAUCGCAGUUGGAGGCAAGAAGGUCUACCCGAGUAGUAGACCUGACCUUUGGAUCCCGCAGGAACCUCGGAGUGGUUAGGAGUGGUUACGGGGUGGAGAGGACGGAACGGUCUGGUUGUUGGAGUCAUUCGGCAGGUCGGAGGGGCAAAGUAGAUUAGUCAUUCCAUUCUACCUACGACAGUGUGUGUUAGUAGUAGUCUGUGCUGGCCACGAUGCUGGAUCCAGAGAGCUGGUAGGCUCCCUCAACAACACCCCCCCCCCAAUAGUGUGAGAAUCAUAAGUGACCCGAUGCCGUUGUAAAAUCAAUUGCCUUCGCAGGAACAUGUGCAAGAAUUGCUCAUGAGAUGUCGUGGCCCCUCGGACUCUGAGGAUCGAGACUGCCCCGUCCACCGGCAGCCGGGAGCGGGUGGCUCCAUUGGAGGGGCCGGGCGUGUCGAGAGUCGAGACUCGAGACGCGCCCACUCGACUGCUGCGGGCCACCUAUCCUGCCUGCCUGCCCUGCAAGCUCCUGCAUCCACAUAUUGCACACAAGUAAAUAGCCUCAGCCUCCGUUUCCUUCAAAAUCUUCGGCAUCGUGUGUUUCCGGUGCCAGCCUCGCUGCAUCAUUGAGCCUUUCAUACUUGCUCCAGGGAGCAUCAGCAAUAUCAGACUUCCAACCGUGACCUUCUCGCCAUGGACCAGCCCGGCGAACAACAGGCCCUCCUUCCCCGUCAGGGCGAGCUGGACCAGCAGGACAGCUCAGGCGAGGUCAGCGCAUACGCUAGGCGAAGGGAAAGAUGCCAGGCUCUCCUCCAGUCGAAGCAGAAACACUAUCUGAUUCUCGCCCUGGUUGCCCUGGAUGUCUCAUGUCUGCUGGCCGACAUCUUCAUCACUCUCAUCGACUGCGAUAGCCGCAUCAAGAACGACGCUUGGGUCCCGCCCGUACACAAGGCCCUCGAGGACGCUGGUCUCGUCUUCUCAUGUCUCUUUCUGGCCGAAUUGAUCGCAAGCCUGUGGGCUUUCGGCUUUGAGUUUUUCCAUUCAUGGUUUCACGUUUUUGAUGCUGCCGUCAUCAUCGCCAGCUUCCUCGUCGACGUACUUACCCGUGGUGUUGUCGAGGAGGUCGCAUCCCUCAUCAUCAUCCUGCGUCUGUGGCGCUUCGUGAAAAUUAUCGAGGAGCUGAGCGUUGCAAGCUCUGAGCGGAUGGAGGACCUCGAGACGAGGAUCGAACGGCUCGAGGAGGAGAACUCCAGCCUGAGGGACAAGCUCAGGAAGUUUGCGCCCUCCAGUGAGGGUGAGCCGUGAGCCCCCGGCCUGGUGUGAUGAGGGUCUCUGAGUGAGUAUGAUAUGCAAAUAUUCUCAUUAGUGAGUCUCGUCUGACCACCAUUGUGGACUUGAUGUCUAUGUUGUGAGGCUUGACAAGCUGGGUCAACAGUCGACGCAUGUCUGGGAUAAAGCCUGCUGGUGUCGUGCACGGCACGAUGAACUGUCAAUCUACAUGGAACAAAUGGCCUCGCUCAGAUAGAACCUGCAGGGAUCCAAAUGUUUGCCCAGGUAAAGCUGCCGAAGUAUCGUCGUGCAGGUUGUCACAGGGAUGUGGCUAAUUCCGAAAGCCUACAGGUAGAUGGCCCGACCCUCAGGUGAACAUUCAGCAUCAGUAGGUGCAAGUUCUGCCGUAGGAGGAUUCCGUACGAAAGCUCGAGAGCUUUGAUCUUCAAACUACAUACAUUCAUCAUGAGAUCUACAUGUGUACGGAUCCGAUGUGUAUGGUUUCAGUCUCAAAACUCUGCCAACACACUGGAAUAUCGAAUGUGUUGAGAUCCCUGCGGGUUGUCAUUGGAAAUGCAGCAGGCAUGUAUAAAACGCGGCAUAUCACCACACCACCUGAGACCAGACCCGAGUUGAAGACGGUGCAACACGAGCGCGGAGGCAAACUCACAUGCACGACGAUCUCGUAUCCGCGUCUGUUUUGUCCGGCAGCACAGCCGCACACAUGCCAGCCAUCUGGCGUCGUUUGGGAACAGAUCAUCCACUUGCAGCCACACCCGUCUCGGACAAUGACUAUUCUGGGAGCACAAUUGGGGAACGAAGAUCACAAAAUAAGAAAGAAAAAACAAUAAACCAUAUCAAAGCCCUGACAGGCUGACAGGAUGGAUUGUUCAGUACCAAGGCUCGAUCUGGGAAAUA